UGACCUUUUCAGCAUCCUUCUGACACUGAGGGUCUGUUCUUCAGCUCCUCUUUGAGUUGGGAGGUGCUGUGACUCCCUGGACCAGCAGCCUGGAUCCCCUCCAGAUGAAACAUUACCCUGAGAGAGGAGACACCAUGACCAGUCCGCCCUGUGAGCAGCAGAAGAGGGGCAGUUUCUUCCAGCUGAUCGACUCGAUUGCCUGGGAGAUCGGCACGCUGAAGCAGGAGAUGAGGAGGAAGAGUGAGCCGGCAGAAGGUCUGGAAACGGACCCACAUGUAAGGCUGAGUGAAGAGGUGGGACGUCUGUUUCUUCAAGCCUCACCCUGUCCGGCGAUGGGAGGCGGACCACCCAAAGCCCGGGACUCUGGCUACGACUCGCUCCACCGGGGGCUCAGUUUCCUGGACAGACUGACGCACACUCAUUCCGUGUGGCUGCAGCUGGGCCUGAGCCACCGUGACGCUGCAGGAAUCCUGCAGGACCGAGCCGCUGGGUCGUUCCUGGUAAGGAGGUCCAGCCGCCUGCAGAGGAAAGUGGUUUCUGUACGCAUGGACCGAGACUCCACAGAGCCCAUCAAGGACUUCCCCAUCAGAGAGAACCAGUACACUUUCUCUCUGGAGGGAUCAGACCUGAACUUUGCAGACCUUUUCCGUCUCCUGGCUUUCUGCUGCAUCAGCAGGGACGUCCUGCCCUUCACACUCAGGCUUCCAGAGGCCAUCUCUGCUGCCAGGAGUUUUGGGGAUCUGGAGAAGGUCGCUAAAUUGGGAGCAGGUUUCUGGGAGAGAAGGGCCACAUCAGCAGGUCCUGGUAGACCCUCCCCACCUGCUCAGAGACCUCUCUCCUGCCCAUUGUCCCCUUCCGGUCCUCGUCUUCCACUCCGAAGCCCCUCCCAGCUGGACUGUUGGCUGCCUAGCGGAGCGCUGUGCUUCACCAACCCCCUCUUCAUCAAGCCGGAUGGCGGCGGCCAGAUCAGCUCCAGCAAAGGCCCACACCAACCUCUGGUAGAUGAAGCCAAUGAAGUGAGUCCCUCCAGUGGGGGGGGGGAGGACUCCAACCAUCUGACCUGUGACCCCAGCCGUACGGGAAGAGCUGAGAGCAACCAGCAGUUGACCAACUUUUGCUCCCUUCCUCCCGUUCGACCCCCUCCCCCUCGUUUUAUCAAACCCCUGCCUGCGCCUCCUGGUGGACGGAACGUAAUGCCAGAAAAAGUUUCCUGGAUAAACCUUUCCAAGGAGGAGGCGAAGGAGAAGAGCAGCCGCCUCAGCUCCUCGCUGAGCAGCAGCCCGCCGCCCUUGCCGCCUAAGAAGUUCAGCAUCAGCUCCCCCAUAUCCAUUCCCCGACGAUCCCUCCCCCUGCCCUCCUUCUCCUCCUCUCCCCGUCCGACCAAAGCCUUACCAUCUGACAUCCGCUGCCACCUGACUCUGGAGGAACAAACCAUUAAGAAGUCGGUUCAUUCUAUGACCCAGAACUCUCAUAGUCCAUUAGAACCCCCCAUGACAUCAGGGGGUGGGGUGGCAGAGGGACCACCUGGACAACAAACAUCUCAGAGGGAAUGUCGUAGUGGGGGCCAACGCCUGAGUGACAUUAGCCUCUCAACCGACUCCUCAGACUCCUUGGAUUCCUCCCAGUCCUCCACCUUCUUCCUCCCUCCCCUGCAUGACCCCAGCCCCCCCACCAUCACUGACUUUAACACCCAUCUCCCCCUCUCCCUCCCACCGACCCAUCUACGCUACAGCAGCAUAGAUAUAGACGACUACGUCGAUGACGACGAUGAUGAAGAAGAAUCCGACUUCAGCGUUAGCCUGGAGAGCGACCAGGACUUGAGCAUGCUGCCCCCUGGGGGCCAGGCCAAGCGGCGCUCCAACUCUAGUGCCUCUGUCCUGCAGAAAGCCCUGCAGGGGAAACUCCGUAAGAUGAGCAGCGUCUUUAACUCACUGCUGACGCCGGAGAAGAGGGCGAUCCGCAAGGUUUUAGAGAUGUCCAAGGAUAAGAGCUCGUACUUCGGCUCCCUGGUGCAAGACUAUCUGAGCUACAUGAGGGAAGGUGCCGGAGCCCAGGCCUGGCAAGGCUACGCCUCAGGGCUGGAGCUGCUUCAGACAGUUCGCCAGUUCAUUACCCAGAUGAAGAGCUACCUGCAGCAGAGCUCCGAGAUGGAGCCCCCCAUCGAGAGCCUCAUUCCCGAGGAUCAGAUUGACCGCGUCCUGGAGAAGGCCCUGAUAAAGUGCGUCCUGAAGCCCCUAAAGCCAACCCUCAGUGCCGCGCUAAAAGACUUCCAGGUGAGCAGCGGCAGCUGGCAGGAGCUGAAAGACAACCUGUCUUUGGCCAAAGCCCGGCGGCCGCAGGAAAUGGGCGUGACCGACGCCCUUCCCCCCGACCCCGUAGCCGUUGAGAAGAUCAGGCAGAAGUUCCAGGUCAUGUGUAAGCUGUACUCCCCAGAGAAGAAGGUCUGCACGCUGCUCCGAGUCUGCAAGCUCAUUUACACCAUCAUGGAGGACAACUCGGGUCGCUUGUAUGGCGCUGAUGACUUCCUCCCCAUGCUGACCUACGUGUUGGCUCAGUGUGACAUGCCUGAGCUGGACAAUGAGAUCCUGUAUAUGAUGGAGCUGCUGGACCCUUUGCUGCUCCACGGAGAAGGAGGCUACUAUCUGACCAGUGCCUACGGAGCCAUGUCCCUCAUCAAGAACCUCCAAGAGGACCAGGCGGCCCGGGUGCUGAGCUCUGAGACCAGAGACACGCUGCACCAGUGGCACCGCCGCCGCACCACACAGCGUUCAGCGCCUUCUAUUGACGACUUCCAGAACUACCUGCGGGUGGCGCUGCACGAGUCGGGCAGCGGCUGCACGGCCAAGACCCUGCAGGUGCGACCGUACGCCACUGUGGAGGAGCUGUGCCAGCUCUGCGCCGUGAAGUUCAAGGUGUCGGACCCUGAGAACUACGGCCUGUUCCUGCAGACGGAGGGCAGCAGCCAGCAGCUGGCCGCAGACACCCACCCUCAAAAGAUCAAAGCCGAGCUUCACAGCUGCCCGCAGCCCGUCCCCUUCCACUUCGUCUACCGUCGUCUGGCCACCAGCAGCUCGCCGUCAGCGGGACUCUCCAGCGCCGCUCCUGAUCCCCGGGCCCACCCAAACCAGCAGAACACGGGCGCUCCAGCUGCAGCCUCGGCUCCAUAGGAUUCCAGGGGGACGGCCAACCCCACAUAGACCAUCGCCCAGCAGCUUUCAGUGAGCGACUGGAAUGUUAACCAAUCAGAUCCACCGUCAAUCAUCCCAUUGAACUGUCAUAUAUUGUCCUGUGAACACACGCACAUCUGGCUGGGAGUUUGAACAACAAAUAAAUAUGAUUCCAACCGUUAACUCUGCACAUUCCAGCCGCUUCGGAUGUUAUCAUCCCAAUAAAUGGCCGUUAUUAGUGGUUAUCAGUC